UGUCAUAUCAACAAGAUAGAUUUUCUCUGUAGUAUUUUGUUGUUCAACAAAGUUAUUUAUAAUGUUUCUGGCUACAUUUGAUUAUGGAAAGUCACCAAACCGAAUAUGACAAGGACGGUUUCUUGUCUGACACGUUCUGGAGGAGACCACAGCGCGCGAUUCCGGGCAGACCUUGUCAGCGAGUCGGAGGCGGCGAGGUUAUGUCUGGCUCAUCGUACCAGCAGUUCCAGGCGUCGGUGAACGACGCUUGGGACCUCGGCGACGACGACAUCAUCUCGGGGAUCGCCGACACCAAGAUAUCACGGGCCAUAUCGCAGACUGCCGCUUUAAACGUGAUCAAUUCUCAUAGGAAUAGUAGUAAGAACGUAAACAAUAGUGACGUCAAAGUGGAGACUGAGAAUGUGAAAAGUGAGAAUUCUACGAGUGGUGUGAAGAAGAAUGAGAGUAGGAGAAGUGUGGGGGCGGGGGCGAGCUCAGGGCCGAUGCGGUACCCGGGGCGGCCGCGGCCGGUGCGGCUGUCAGCGCUGAGCUCGCGCGAGGAGAGCAGCGAGUCCAAGCUGGAGCGCUUCCAGCAGCUGCAUGAGAACGCUGUGGUGGACCUGAACGAGCUGAAGCAGCUGAGCUGGUCUGGUAUUCCUGUAAAGGCUCGAGCUGUAACCUGGCGCUUGCUUGCCGGCUACCUGCCCGCCAACUCGGAGCGGCGUGCAGAGACGCUACAGCGCAAGCGCGCCGACUACCAGCACCUCGUGCGCCAGUACUAUGACGCGGAGAGGGAUGAUGAUACCUACAGGCAGAUACAUAUCGAUAUACCGCGCAUGAGCCCGCUUGUCGCGCUCUUUCAGCAGAUCACUGUUCAGGUGAUGUUCGAAAGAAUCUUGUACAUCUGGGCAAUCCGUCACCCCGCGUCAGGCUACGUCCAGGGCAUCAACGACCUGGUCACACCCUUCUUCAUGGUCUUCCUGCAAGAAGCCGCCCCGGGCGAAGAGCUGGACAACUUCCCCCUCGACAAACUCUCCGAGGAACAGAGGAAUGUGAUUGAGGCAGACUCCUUCUGGUGUUUGUCCAAGUUUCUCGACAGCAUACAGGAUAAUUACAUAUUUGCGCAGCUUGGGAUUCAGUAUAAGGUAAACCAAUUGAAAGAGCUGAUCCGCCGCAUAGACCUGCCUCUCCACGAGCACCUGCAGAGCCACGGCGUCGACUACCUGCAGUUCUCCUUCCGAUGGAUGAACAACCUGCUGACGCGGGAGAUCCCCCUGCCCUGCACCAUCCGCCUCUGGGACACCUACCUCGCCGAAUCGGACGGGUUCGCCAUAUUCCAACUGUACGUCUGCGCCGCCUUCCUCCUACACUGGAGGGAGAGGCUCAUGCUGGAAAGAGACUUCCAAGGACUCAUGAUAUUACUACAAAACGUCCCCACACAGAAUUGGACAGACUCAAACAUUAGCAUGUUAGUCGCCGAAGCGUACAGGCUCAAAUUCGCCUUCGCCGACGCCCCUAACCAUCUGCACAACGCAGGCAAGUCGGACAGAUGACAUGGGUUGUCCCCCUGAUAUGGCUCCUUUACAAAUCGUCACGACUGGAUUUGGCAGGGUAAUGUCUCCGCUACGCAAAGGAUUCUGCUAACGAAGUGAAACGGCCUAAUUUAAGUUAUUGUUACGAUGCCUUGAGAAUGUUAAAUGGAGUUUGUUAUGAUUAUAGUGGAAAAAAAAUGGCGGUAAACGAAGAUGUUCGAUUUUCAAAAAUACGCCGGCAAUUCUGCAUUGUGUUCGGUUUUACGUUGUAUCAGUUUUGGCUAUCAGUGAUUUGAUCCAUUAUCUAACCCUAUCUUAAUUUAAUUCAAUAAUCACUAUAGCGUUGUCAAUGUUAAGGCUUUAUUAUGUUGCCAUCGUGUUAAAGAUACUACAAAUAUACAAUAAUUGAUAAUACAUAUGAUACAUUAGCAUAGGAUAUUCAAACAACUAAUAGGUACAGUCAUGAGCAAUAUCAUGUACACACUUUAGAACCCUGUCGCACUAUCAUAUUUGACAUUUAAUGAGGGAACGGUUUAAAUUGUCAAAAAAUUUAAUGUGACAUGGUUGCAAAGUGUAUACAUAUUAGUACUCGUGACCGUAUGUGAUUGUCGCGUUCGCCCUUAAGCUGAGUGUCCACUUGAGCAGAAUUGGAGGAACAUAUUUUUGGAGACUGUCCUAGAAGUCAGAGGAGAGAUAAUAGUUUACCAUUAAAAAAAGAUAAACAAAUGACGGAUUGGCUGAUUUAGUGAACGAUCUAUACCGCUUAAUUGGACUCACAGCUUUAUACUUCAACCCUCACUAAAAUAAUACUACGAAGAAGGCAGCUACACGCGAAAAUUCUAAAUAAUUACGUCCCAUUAUUUAUCCACGUUUUGACUUCCGUUUAUGUACUAUUGAAUUUUAUUUCUAUGUUAUUUUACUUAAUAAUAUAUUAUAGUUAAAUUCUAGUUUAUUUUUUUGUUUGUGGCGGAAAAUGAAACCACUAUUGUCAAAUCUCCCAUAUCAUAGGGCAGGGAAAUUUAUAGCAUAUUAUACAUUGCUAAAGGUAUAUUAUUAGCUAGAGAUAGGUACACAAAAAUGAAAUUUUAAACCGCACAUGCCGAUUGUACAUAAAAUGUAAAAUUUGUGUGCUAUAUGGAAACUUUUGUAUGUAUGGUCAUAUAUCACAAUAAAAAUAUAUCUUA